AUACAAACGGAUUUCCAGAUAAGAAAUAUUUAAUAAAAUGUAUAAGGUUCAACCAGAUUACUACUGAUGAAAUUAAUGAUAUAAUUCGUAAAUUUAAACGGAAAAAAAUAAAUACUGAUAUACUUAACGAAAUGAAAAACCAUUUUGAAGCUUCCAAAAACAAUUACUAUGAUUUUCGAGAUGGUAAUUUUUGUUUCAGAUCUGAAAUUUUAGAUUUAGACACAGCCAAAAACUUAGUCAAUUGGAUAAGCGGAAAAGAAUAUCAUAAGUGUUGGUACAAGUUUGAACUUUUAUUUAAUAUGAAGUAUGAUGUUUUAAAGUCAAAAACUUUUCAUAAAAACUGUGAUGGAAAAGGGCCCACUAUAGUAAUUAUUAAAUUAACUGAUGGUGAUUUAAUAGGUGGUUAUAAUCCAUUAGAUUGGAAAGGUGAAAAUGUUUGGAAAAAAACUAGUGAUAGUUUCGAAAAAAAGGCUAUUGGUUGUAGUACUUCAAACAGUCCGAGAUUUGGAAACACCGAUUUGUAUAUUCAGAGUAAUUCGAAUUAUUGUACGGUUGAAGAUUCAACUUAUGAAAGUUUAAAUAU